AAUUCUUCACUAAUUAAUGAAAAAAUGGCAACAAAAAAACAAUUUAAUUUUCGCAAAGCUCAAGUAAAAGAUAUAAAAGAUGUAAAAGAAAUGAUACAGGAAUUGGCAGAUUUUGAAAAAAUGAGUGAUGGUCCACAAUUAACAGAACAAGAUUUAAUACGUGAUUCUGGCCUUGAUGGUGGUCAAGAAUAUUGUCAUAUUUAUGUUUUGGAUUUAGUUGAACAGGAGAAAACCACCGUAAUUGGUUAUGCCAUAUGCUUUUUUAACUACUCCACUUGGCAAGGUAAAUCGUAUUUCUUGGAAGAUAUUUAUGUACGCCCAGCAUAUCGUGGCAUUGGAGCUGGUGCUCGCAUGUUUAAAGAAGUUGCCGCUAAAGCUAAUGAAUUUAAUUGUAAACGUGUUGAUUUUCAUGUUUUAUCUUGGAAUCCAGCAUCAAAAUUCUAUAAGAAAUUAGGUGCCACUGAUUUAACGGAAGCAGAAGAAUGGCAUUUUUAUCGUUUGCAAGAAAAAGAUAUUAAGAAUUUGGUGGAGGAAUUGAAAAAAGACUAAAUAUCUUAUUAAAAAUAAAAAUUUUGUAUUAUAAUAAGCAUUUAUAAAAGAUUUUGUAAUUGUUAUUAGUAUUGUAUUAAAAAAAACUUAUUUUUUAAAUAA